UCAUUUCCGACCAUCCUGAUUAAGAAGCUCAACAAAGAAGGGAAAAUUGCUGAGCUCUGCGGCACCCAGAAGCUUAAUAACAACAAUCAUAAUCUCAAUCAAUUCAAGAACAUUCAAAUUGAUCACGGCGGCAAAGGUAGCGGCGGCCAGAAUUAGGGGUGGCAGUCGGUCGGUUUCGGUUUAAUCGAAAACUCGAUUAUCGGUUAAACCGAGCCACGCCCUAUAGAUGCCGACCACAGACCGAAGAUAGGUCAUGGUUACCCGGCCAACCGACCGGUCGGUUCCGGUUUUAUACUUGGUUAGCCGACCAACCAAAAAAAUACAUUUUCCAAAAAAAAAAACUAAAAAUUAAUUAAAUAAAACAAAAAAUCUCCACCACACCUUCCUUAUCUCCUCCUCUCUCCUUCCUUCCUCCACUCCCAUCGGCUUCUCAUCCUCAUCACCUUGCUCAACAACUCACAGAGAAAACAAACUCAAACAACAAUGGCGGCUUCCCACUUCACCUUCAUUUUACUCCUACCAUUCCUAUCCUCCCUUUCAUCCGCCACCACAUUCAUAACCCUCGACCUCAUCCACCGAGACUCCCCACUCUCCACACUCUACAACCCAAACCACACCGCCUUCGACCGCCUCCACGCCGCCUUCCUCCGCUCCAUCUCCUGCCGCAACCACCGCCUCUGCCGCUACACCCCUCGCACCACCACCACCACCAACCGGGGAGGAGGAGGUCGUCGAGGCGAGGCGGCGGGCAGAGGCAGUCGCAGGGGCGUCGCUGAGGAAUUCGACAGCGACGACAGAGCAGCCAGGGUGGGGCCUGUCGACCUUGGUGUGCCUGUCUUUCGAAGGCGGCUUCUUCACCGCGAGUGCGCCGGCGGAACCAGGAACGAUGGCCGUGGAGGAAGUGGUGGUGGCGGUGGAAGGAGGGGGAGCGGAGGAGGCAGGGGAGGGCGGCGGCUGGACAUGGUUGAUGGGAGUAGAGAAGAUUUAGGGAUUCGAAAAUGUAAGGAGAAGAAGAAGAUUUAGGAUUCGAAAAUUUUGGGAUUUAUGGUUUAUUCCUCCUCUUUUUUAUAUUUUUCGGUUGUGGGUCGGUCGGCCGGUUAACCGUGGUUAGCCGCCUUCGUUUACUCGGCAAACCAGAGAACCCUUCAGUCUUGCCAAACACCGACCGCGACUAAUAACCGGCCGGUUUUUGGUUAGUGACUAACCGGCGGUUAUCGGUGGAGAAUAGCCUCGGCCUGAUUCCGUGAACUGUAGCCUCCAGGAUCGAAAGAAAAUGGCAUUUCGGAUAAAUCGCCCGAAAUCUGUGAUGGCACCCCUUUGGAAUCUGCCCAAAAUUGACCCGGAAUAAAUCCGCCCAAAUCGGUGUUUAAUGGACUCAAUCAUCGUUGGAGAAUAGCCUCAGGCCGAAUCCGUGAUCUGUAGCGUUCAAUAUCCAAAGAAAAUGGCCUUUCGUCGCCCAAGAAAUUAUGAAAAUGCCAUCCCAAAAUAAAUUGGCCCAAAUCGAUGCUUAACAGACUUAUCAUCCAUGAAGAAUAGGAUCAAUAGACUUCAUUAUCGGUGGAGAAUAGCUUCGGCCUGAUUCCGUGAUCUGUAGCCCCCAAAAUCAAAAGAAAAUGGCAAUUCGGAUAUAUCGCACGAAAUAUGUGAUGGCCCUUUGGAAUCUGCCAAAAAUUUACCCGAAAUAAAUCCGCCCAAAUAGGUGCUUAAUGGACACAAUCAUCGUUGGAGAAUAGCCUCAGGCCAAAUCCGUGACCUGUAGCCUUCAAUAUCCAAUGAAAAUGGCCUUUCGUCGCACAAGAAAUUACGAAAAUGCCAUCCGAAAAUAAAUUGGCCCAAAUCGAUGCUUAACGGACUUAUCAUCCGUAGAGAAUAGGAUCAAUAGACUUCAUUAUCGGUGGAGAAUAGAUUUGGCCUGAUUCCGUAAUCUGUUGCCUCCAGAAUCGAAAGAAAUUGGCAUUUCGGAUAAAUCGCCUGAAAUCUGUGAUGGUACCCCUUUGGAAUCUGCCAAAAAUUGACCCGGAAUAAAUCCGGACAAAUCGCUGCUUAAUGGACUCAAUCAUCGUUGGAGAAUAGCGUCAGGCCGAAUCCGUGAUAUGUAGCCUUCAAUAUCUAAUGAAAAUGGCCUUUCGUAUCCCAAGAAAUUACGAAAAUGCCAUCCGAAAAUAAAUUGGCCCAAAUCGAUGCUUAAUGGACGUAUCAUCCGUGGAGAAUAGGAUCAAUAGACUUCAUUAUCGGUGGAGAAUAGCCUCGGCCUGAUUCAAUGAUCUGUAGCCUCCAGAAUCGAAAGAAAAUGGCAUUUCGGAUAAAUCGCCCGAAUUAUGUGAUGGUACCCCUUUGGAAUCUGCCAAAAAUUGAUCCGGAUUAAAUCUGCCCAAAUCGGUGCUUAAUGGACUCAAUCAUCGUUGGAUAAUAGCCUCAGGCCGAAUCCGUGAUCUGUAGCCUUCAAUAUCCAAUGAAAAUGCCCUUUCAGCGCCCAAGAAAUUACGAAAAUGCUAUCCGAAAAUAAAUAGGCCCAAAUCGAUGCUUAACGUACUUAUCAUCCGUGGAGAAUAGGAUCAAUAGACUUCAUUAUCGGUGGAGAAUAGCCUCGGGUUUAUUCCGUGAUCUGUAGCCUCCAGAAUCGAAAGAAAAUGGCAUUUCGGAUAAAUCGCUCGAAAUCUAUGAUUGCACCCCUUUGGAAUCUGCCAAAAAUUGACCCGGAAUAAAUCCAUCCAAAUCGGUGCUUAAUGGACUCAAUCAUUGUUGGAGAAUAACCUCAGGCCGAAUCUGUGAUCUAUAGCCUUCAAUAUCCAAUGAAAAUGGCCUUUCGUCGCCCAAGAAAUUACGAAAAUGCCAUCCAAAAAUAAAUUGGCCCAAAUCGAUGCUUAACGGACUUAUCAUCUGGGAGAAUAGAAUCAAUAGACUUCAUUAUCGGUGUAGAUUAGCCUCGGUUUGAUUCCGUGAUAUGUAGCCUCUAGAAUCGAAAGAAAAUGGCAUUUCGGAU